AUGGUGAUGUACUGGUUAUCUGUUGGUGCUCAGCCAUCGGACCCGGUUCAACGUCUCCUCUUCAGAUCCGGUUUACUUCCUCCUCCUCCAAUGGUGGCUAUGGGACGUAAAGGUGGACCACGAGACACUCGCCCGGUUGAUCCAAUGACAGGUCGCUAUGUGGAUGCGGAGAAGAAACCAGUUAACGAUAACCAGCCUAAGGAAGAACUUAAGGAAGAAGAUGAUGCAGAAGACAAGAGUCCGUGGAUUGAUCCAAUAAUGAGCAACGAUAAGGACAAUUUCAACGUCAGCGAUCUCACUGCUGCUCUUAAAGAGGAGGAUCGAGCAGGCCUUGUGAACGCUCUUAAGAACAAGCUGCAGAAUCUGGCUGGGCAGCAUUCUGAUGUGCUCGAGAAUCUGACUCCUAAAAUCAGAAGGCGUGUUGAGGUCUUAAGGGAGAUUCAGGGCAAACAUGAUGAAAUAGAGACAAAAUUCCGCGAGGAGAGAGCUGCCCUUGAAGCCAAGUAUCAAAAGUUGUAUCAGCCUUUGUAUACCAAGCGUUACGAGAUUGUGAAUGGAGCUACCGAAGUCGAAGGGGCUCCAGAGGAUACUAAGAUGGACCAAGGAGAGGAGAAAGCUGCAGAAGAGAAAGGAGUCCCUAGUUUCUGGCUGACCGCCCUGAAAAACAACGAUGUUAUAUCUGAGGAGAUAACAGAGCGUGAUGAAGGAGCCCUCAUGUAUCUUAAAGACAUUAAGUGGUGCAAGAUUGAAGAACCAAAGGGAUUCAAACUCGAGUUUUUCUUCGACCAGAACCCUUACUUUAAGAACACCCUUUUGACAAAGGCUUAUCAUAUGAUUGAUGAAGAUGAGCCUCUGCUUGAGAAGGCUAUUGGGACAGAGAUUGAUUGGUAUCCUGGAAAAUGCUUAACUCAGAAGAUUCUUAAGAAGAAGCCUAAGAAAGGUGCGAAGAAUGCCAAGCCAAUCACCAAAACUGAAGACUGUGAAAGCUUCUUCAACUUCUUCAAUCCUCCCCAGGUUCCUGACGAUGAUGAGGACAUUGACGAGGAGAGAGCUGAGGAACUUCAGAAUCUGAUGGAACAAGAUUAUGACAUUGGCCCUCAAUCCUACACAAGGUACAUAACCAGUUCCUCCCUCGUAAUAAAAGGAGGUAGACCUCAUCCUAACGAUGGGCAACAAGGCGAGAGGCCUCCUGAAUGCAAGCAACAGUAAACAAAAUCGAAAAUUGGAGAAGCAAAAAAUAUAUUUUGGGUUUUGAGUGAAGUUCUUCAUUGGCUUAGAUUUGCUUCUAUUUGAGUCGAAAUGUUUUGAGGAUUGCUCAUAUAAGUUUUGCUGUAGGCAAAGAGUGAGCUCUCGUGAGGAUAUAUUUGAUAAAUUAUUUUUGUUUGUUCGCGCUUUUAUGUUUAUUUGAAUUACUGAGUUUUAAAUCUUAUUGUGUUCAUCAAUUAUACUAUCUUUUUUUACCACUUGAAUUAAGUCCCUUUUGGUUUUUACUUUUUAUUAAUAUUAUUAUUGUGAAUGAAGUCCUUGUUUAUAGA